AUGGCAGACUCUAUUAAUUCAGCGCAUUCUGACUCGAGUUCAGACUCUAACGCUUCGAAUUCUAUGUCUUUGGGCAGUUCCAUGGUGUCGAUGAAAACUCAAGAUCACAACGAACUGUACGACCAUAGGCAACAUCCCGAUUUCGAUGAUAUCAAUACCAGUAAAGAGCACGAGGGUAAGAAAUACGGAUGCUCUGCCUCCAAAAAGAAGGGCAAACGCCGGAAGAAUAGUAAGAUGACGCCAGAGGAUCCGCUUUCUACGCCACCCCAGCUAGCCCACGUGGAGACCUCGUCUUCAUCCAACAAUAUCCCUCCUACUAGGCAACGUUUCCGCCGCUACUCACAUCAGUCAUGCUUGCAAACAUCAUCCUUCCCACCUCUUCAGAAUGUACCCAGUAAUGAAACACAGGGAAGUACCGAUCCCGUGAGAGAGGCUGCUGCAAUGGCACUACACGAAUUCAACACGUCCACAAGACCCUCUCGGCUGGCACACUGUAUCACUUCGGUGAGUAGUCAGUCUCCGCCGCAUCCGAGCCACCAUACUAACCUGGAUGGAAUUCGCCCUGAAAGUGCUGGUCCAAAUUCGCCACCUGCUCGACCACACCUAGGAUCCAACACUCACUCAUUAGCAGAAGCGUUGCAUCAAAGAAAAAGGACAAGAACUGGAUCGAUCGUCUCUGCACCAAGUAACGUCAUUAAAUUGGUCAAGACUAAGUCGUCAGAGAAGAACGACGGGCACAUGAGAAGGGAGACCACCAGGGGAACUUAUGACAGUGACAACUCUCAGGACUCAAGGGACUCCCAGGAAACAGAAGAGGAUGUUUGUUUCCCAAUGGCACCUCAGUUACAUACGCGGAUUAAUGGUGUUGAUUUUGACGAACUGGAGGAGUUUGCCGAGUCUACAAAACAAAUGAGGGAACAGUACAUCUCCUCUACGAAAAAGGCACCUGGAGUAACGGCUCCUACCUCCGUGUCGUCAGGAAACUCGUUCAGUACAUCGUCAAUGUCUUCGUCUGCCCUUAAGUAUACUCCUAGACCACCGGCACAUCAGCACAAUGGACAGGAAACUCACUUAGCGGAAGAGUCGGAGAAACCGUUUGAAAAAGUUAAAAAGGAUAACUACGCAGCAGAUGAAGGUACUACACCUGGAGUGACCUUUGGUGGGAAAUACAAGGUAGAGGGCGACGACGAAGCAAGUUUCACCCCACAGUGUAUUACUCCUGAGUACUUUGAUGGGAUUAAUAAUUUCGUAAUUCCGAACCGAUUUUCGUUUUUCCGUUCUGACACCGAAGAGACCGUUCAUGCAAGUGAUAUUGCUUCAUUGGUGAAGCCAGGCCAAUCUUUCUACGAUCUCUUCCAGGCAGGUGAACCGACUUGGUGGUUGGACUGUAGCUGCCCCACUGACGAUGAGAUGAGGUGCAUUGCGAAGGCAUUUGGAAUUCAUCCGUUGACCGCGGAAGAUAUUAGGAUACAGGAGACAAGAGAAAAAGUGGAGCUGUUCAAGUCAUACUACUUUGUCUGUUUCCACACGUUUGAGGCCGACAAGGAGUCUGAGGAUUUUUUGGAACCCAUUAAUGUGUACCUUGUUGUCUUCAGGGGCGGUAUGUUGACUUUUCAUUUUCGUCCUAUUGAACAUUGUGCUAACGUGAGAAGACGUGUAAGACAGUUGAGAGAUUACGUCAAUGUGAACUCAGAUUGGAUGUGUUACGCUCUAAUCGAUGAUAUCACUGAUAGUUUUGCGCCUGUUAUUCAGUCUGUUGAGUACGAGGCCGAUGUUAUUGAGGAUUCUGUGUUUAUGGUUCGAGACAUAAACUUUUCCGUUAUGUUGCAAAGAAUUGGUGAGAGUAGAAGGAAAACCAUGACGCUAAUGAGGCUGUUGAGUGGGAAGGCGGACGUUAUUAAAAUGUUUGCCAAGAGGUGCCAGGACGAGGCCAAUGGUAUUGGUCCCGCCUUGACUUCAGAUAUUAAUAUCGCCAAUCUACAAGCGGGAGAAAAUGCCGAGUACAAGAUUCAACCCAGAGGUGAUAUUGCUAUGUAUUUGGGCGAUAUUCAAGAUCAUUUACUGACCAUGUAUCAAAAUCUGGCGGCCUAUGAGAAGAUUUUUUCCAGAUCACAUACCAAUUACCUGGCCCAAUUACAAGUUGAGUCGUUCAACUCCAACAAUAAGGUAACGGAGUUGUUAGGUUACGCAACAAUGGUAGGUACAAUUCUGGUUCCUCUGAAUGUGAUUACUGGUCUUUUCGGCAUGAACGUCAAAGUCCCAGGACAAGACUCGUCAAUUGCAUGGUGGUUUGGGAUUCUUGGUGUUCUUAUUGCGAUAGGGCUAAUCGGUUUGAUUUUUGCUAAAUACGCAAUUGGUAACAUGUCGGCCCCUCAAACUUUGAAUGAAGCUGCAGACAGCAGUGGGAAAUCUGUCAUCUCUAGCUUUUUUCCAAGAGUGACAAAAAACAAGAACAAGAACAAGAACGUCCAUGAUCCGUUCGCUCCAAAUUCAAGGUCAUCAAACCAGUCAAUGAACAGCCUCCCAAGUAAGUUGAGCCGUUACGCUUAG